UCGGUCGCUAUGGAGACAGCCGACAGCCGGCUGCGCGUGUCAGAGACCUUGGAGGCGUUCAACGCCGUUCUGAGAGGAAAGGCCGGAGAUGGAGCUCGUGCCUCCGUUUGGUUCAAAGAGAGCAGCGCUCGGAAUUUACGGAGCCGGGACUUCCUGGCCCCCAGGGCCGCCCUGAGGGCCAUCUUCGCGAACGGACAGGUUCCGAAAGGCGUUGUUGAGAGUGUAUUUUCACUGAAAUGCCCAGGAGUGCCUCCCAUUCACAGCUGUCAAAAUGGCCCAGCUGGACUGACUGUGCAAUUGGACAGACCAACUGUCUUUGAGCAGAUUCUGACAGCUCUUCCUGUAUAUACAAAGCCUCCUUUAACAUCCAAGGGACACUGCAUCAUCCUCAACUGCGUGCCCCUGCAUGGGCGGAAAGACCUGAAGUCACUCAGUCUAGGUCAUCUGAGGGCCAUCCUGGUCACUGACCAUUUGGCAGGCCUGCUCCAAGCUCAAGGAAUAGACGUGCAGCUGGUUCCGGCUUUGGUCAAUGAGGAAAUCCAUCAGUUCUUACAUCAGGUACAAGUUGAUUGGCCUUCUGGGCCAGAAGCCUCUCAAGUUCCCAAGGAUAUUCUGGCCUUGAAGGAAGCCCUUUGCCAGUGUCCAUAUAGCACAUUUAUCCAGGCAGACCAGGAUGAAGUUGUAUGUAAACUGCACUUGAAAGACUUCCUGGAGAAGCAGGAGGGAUUGGAAGGCUAUGACCCCAACCUGGAUGUCUUUCUUGUAACAGAAGAGAAAUUGCACCAUGUGGCUGAGCUCCAGCGUGUGGCCCAGCAGUGCACAGAGGCUGCACCAGGGGUUUGCUGCAGUAUUGUGCAUAUUGUGAACAACAAGGAGGCAUUCCAGCAGCAGAAGGUGGAUCUACUGUGGAGAUUGGUAGCACAACCACAAGCCUUUGCAGCUCUCCAGAAACACCUUAUCUGUGGGCCUGUGAAAAUUACCUGCCCUGCUUCUUGCAUGAAUGCUCUUCAGUACUAUCAACUACGACACUCCCAGAUGUAUGAAGCUUCAGUGCUGAAAUACGGAGACCUCUCUAAAGAUGACACCUGGACUGAAGUAAUCAGUGUAUUGACAUCAGCUGCUAUCCGAUUUGAGAUGCUGAGUACAGUUCAUCAGAAUCAGGUUUUCUUGGAUGUGGAAGAAAACAGCAUCUCUAUGAAGGGGACCAAAAGUGGAGCCUUUGUAAUGUACAAUUGUGCUCGACUAGCCACGCUCUUUGAAACAUACCAGAGAUCAGUAGAACAAGGUCUGUAUCCAGUCUUUCCCCAGCCUUCUGAACUGAACUACUCUUCUCUCAGGGAAGAGGGGGAAUGGCUCUUGUUAUUCAAUAGCAUCCUGCCUUUCCAGGAGGUCUUGACUCAAGUAAUGCAGCUCCUGCUCCCCAGUGGUGGGCUCAGAAUAACGGUCAGCACUGAGGUGAUUUGCAAGUUCCUGAUCCACCUAAGCAUGGAUUUCAGUUCCUACUAUAACCGAGUGCACAUUCUGGGGGAACCACGUCCCCAUUUAUUCAGCCAGAUGUUUGCCAGGCUGCAGCUGAUGAGAGCUGUGAGGGAAGUGUUCCAUAGUGCCCUGGCAACCCUCCACCUACCUCCCCUUAGUCAGAUCUGAUCAGGUUGGUCUCGUACCUGUGCUUUGGAUUUGCAUCAGCCUCCCUGUGGUGAAGAGGAAUGGAGAGCUCACUCAUGUGAGGGGGAGUGGACUGUGGGAUGUUACGCUGUACUGAGUAAGUGACAGCUUCCAGGUAUAUCCUUGCAGGAUACAGUUCAUGUUUUGGUACUGAAAUGAAUUGCCCUGAAUUGAUGAAAAGAGGACACACACAUUUCUUCUGAAAUUAUUCUGAAAUUCUUGGAGCCAAUGAAUUCCGGUUACGGAACAGAGAAAGAGGCAAGUAUUCUGUAUUACUAAUUGCCUUGUUGCUGAAGCUUGUUUCUGAUCACAGUGGAUGUAAAAAAUGGCAAGAAUCCUUGAGCCAAAUGAAUAUAAAGCUGGUGGAUGCAAAUGACUGUUUACUAUGUUUUUAAAUUCUGUUCUAAAAUUAGUAACAUUUAUUUUCAUACAAUGAAAAUUGACACCAGUAGCAGGACAA